AUGGCCGCAAAGGCGGGCCACUAUGACGUCGUAGUGAUCGGCGCUGGCUCCGGCGGCCUCACGGCUGCCCGCACAGCAGCCCGUUUCGGUGCACGAACUUUGCUGGUGGAGCGACUGCCCCGUUUGGGCGGCGAUUGCACCUGGUAUGGCUGCGUUCCCUCGAAGGCCCUCAUCCGCUGUGCGCAUGCAAUGCACGAAGCUCGACACGGUGCUCGCUUCGGCGUGGCAGGGCUCAACACGGAUUCGCUGACGUGCGACUGGCAGAAAGUGAAAGAUCACGUGAAGUCCUGCCAGGAGCACAUCUACAAUCAGGACGACAGCCCAGAAAUCCUGGAAGCUGCCGGUGUGGAGGUACGCCUGGGAGUUCAUGCUUCUUUUGUGGAUGCGAAGACGCUGCAGCUGGCGACGGUAGAAAGCACGACUCCAGGAGGAACCGAGCUCCUUACUGCCAACCAUUUCAUCAUCGCCACUGGGGCGGGCCCGGUGAUACCGCCUCUCAAGGGUCUCGACGCUGUGAAGUAUGCCACAUACGAGACGAUCUUCGAUUUGCCGGAAUUUCCAGGGAGCCUGGCGGUAAUUGGAGGAGGUCCAAUCGGCAGCGAGCUUGCUCAGGCUUUCGCAAGGUUGGGCUGCAAGGUGACGCUGGUGGGUAAGAUGAUGCCACGCGAAGAUGACGACGUGCGCCACGUUAUGUCGCAGGUCUUCGAGAAGGACGGUAUCGUGGUAGUCGAAGGUCGGGCGGAGUCGGUGGAGCCAGCCGCUGCCGGCAUCGUCCUUCAUGCUGGUGGUAGAUCCCUGACGUGUGCCGGACUCCUUCUGGCAGCGGGUCGCAGGCCCAAAGGUCUUGAUGCCAUGAGCUUGGACCGUGCAGGCGUCAAAUGGAGCCAAAACGGGAUUCCCGUGGAUGCGAAGCUUCGAACAUCUGCGAAGCACAUUUAUGCAGUUGGAGACUGCCUGGGCGGCCUUCAGUUCACACAUUUGGCCGGCUACCAGGGCGCCCUGGCGGCUUUCAACGCUGUGCAGCCAAUCUCUCUGGCAGGGCCUGGAAAUGUGGCGGUUCCGCGCUGUACCUUUACUCACCCAGAAGUGGCCACUGUGGGUUUGACCAUGAAGGAG